UAUGACAUCACAUUAUCACACAUGUCUACAAAAUAUCAUCGCACUAUGUGAAAAAAUAUAUAAUAAAUACUUCCCCACCAACAUUGAUUAUUUAUCAAAUACAAUUUUUUUUAAAAGUAUCAAAAACAUUAUUCUAUUUUAAAAACUUCCCAGUGGAAUAAAGAUCUACAAAACGCUUCUUUGCCACAUAAGGAUGUGACUUCAAAACCGAAUUGCGAAUAUUAAUAGCACUGACGUGUAGAUAUUUGUAGAAACAUUUUGUGAAAAGACAUUUCUUGCCUUAUGGAAACCGUUUCUUUUCUGGAAACCCCUUCUUCUUUUAUGGAAACCCCUUCCUUUCAUCGAAACCUCUUCUUUUCUAAGCCCCUUCUUUUCUAAUAUAAACCCCUUAUUUUCUAAAAUGCUGAAUUUUUAGCCUGAGCAUUGUAUAUCCGAUUCAGUUUUUAUACACAUUUAUUAUAUAUACUCAAAAUAAUCGAAAGAGGGUGUGGUAAUCAUGCAACAUAAGUGGAUUGCCAUAUGGAAACUACUUAUACAGUCACACAAUUCUUUUUAAUUGAAAGGUCCAUCCGGGCAGAAGCCCAGAGACAGAAAGGCAUAAAGACAUAGGCAGUAGCCUAGAUUUGCCCUCAAAAACGUGAAAUUCCUCUAGCUAGCACAUUGACUUCAUCCCAACUUCGCAGUUGUUUUACGUCCCGAUUCGCAAAGAGGCCGCUCACUUGUGCUAGCUUGUGCGCAACUUAUACCUGACAUACUUGAAAUAGCUUAUAUAUACAAGCACCUAAUUUACACUACUACCCUUAUUUGUAGCCAUUAGAGCAAACACAGCGAUCCUUGCAGAAGAAAUGCCACUUCAUAUCGAUCUAUUGUUUGGUGGGAUGAGUAAAUCUGUGCUUACACUCCUAACCAUUAAACUAAUUAUGUAUUUAUCUAUUGAAAGUGACACUCAGAUAUAAAUAGAAAUUUGAUCAGGAGUAACUUCUAAUAGAGUUAUCAUGACUACGAUUGGGUUCAUAGGAGCAGGAAAGGUUACCCAGGCCUUAACGAAAGGACUUCUUUCUUCAGGUGCAGUAACUCCAUCUCGUAUCUAUGCAAGUUCAAAGACUGAAGUAUCCCUUCAAAAACUUAAGGUGUUUGGUGUGAACACGUGUCUGGAUAACUUGUGGACUGUGAAGAACAGCAACAUAACCAUACUGGCUGUCAAGCCUCUUGUUUUCCCCAAAGUACUUCACGAGAUAGCCCCCGCUGUCGGACCCGAUAAUGUGAUCGUUUCUCUGGCAGCAGGUGUCACCAUUGACUCUAUACAACAGAGAUUACCUCACCACGCUAAAGUAGUACGAGCCAUGUUGAACACUGCAGUCCAGAUAAGAGACGGAGCUAUCUCUUACUCUACUGGUAAGAACGUGGAAGACUCUGACCAGGAACUGGUACACAGGUUGUUCUCUUCAGUUGGGUUAACAUUGGAGGCAGAGGAGAAACAUUUGGACGCUAUUGUGGGUCUCAGUGGUAGUGCUCCAGCCUAUUUUUACUUGAUACUGGAGGCACUGAGUGACGCCGGUGUGAGACAUGGCCUCAGUAGAGACGUUUCUACAAGACACGCUAGUCAGGCUAUGCUGGGUGCUGCGCGUAUGGUGCUGGAGUCAGGGAGACAUCCAGGAGAGUUGAAAGACGAGGUUUGUUCUCCAGGAGGUGUCACUAUCGAUGCUAUCUAUUCGAUGGAAAAAGCCGGCGUACGUGCUGCAAUGAUGGACGCAGUGGACGCGUGCAUAAAACGAAACUACGAGUUAGCUCGGUUAAAUCAAUAACUUUAGGGAACCGGGAAACAUUGCUGGGAUUAGAGUAAAAGGACUAGACUGCAGACUGCACUUGUUAUUAUGACUACAGGUCUUUAUAGUUUACUUAUUACUGAAAGUAAUUGAUGUUGUGUGCCAAUUGCUGAAGAUUGCAUAUUACUAUAUUUAUUUUUAUUUUUAUUUUGGUCGGAAAGGCGAGUAAUAAAUACUUAUGGAUUGUUUGUAUCUUUCUGCUCUUUAGUUUGAUUUUAAUUUAUUGACAGGGUAGUCUCAGAUAGGCGAUUUAUUA